CUCAAGCUAUGUCUAUGACAUAUAAUGAAUAUACGCCUGUUCCUAGUCGUUCAGAAGCUAGUUAUCGGGUUGCUGGUGCUACUUAUCCUGGUACAGGUGCUAGUUAUCCUGGUUCAGGUGCUAGUUAUCCUGGUUCAGGUGUUGGUUAUCCGGUUGGAGGUUAUAGUUAUCUUGCCGCUCCUCCUUCAGAGAGAUAUGAUUCCUCACAAGGUAGUGGCAAUUAUCCUGGGUAUACAGCAUACUAUCCUCCACCUACCAACGCUACCAGGACACCUAAAAUUGACUUCAAACAAGCAUUUCUUCAUACACUCAGUACGGAAAUACGUUUAAGCCAAGUAAUUCACCCGGACGAACCACUUGUUAUUGUUCGAGCAGAUCUGGAAUCAUUCGGACCGAACAUUGCGCAUGAUGCAGUUCUGACAGUUUUUGAGUACUUUGGUGUGCCAGUACAGUGGAUUGAAUUCUUUAAAAAGUUCCUUCAACCUAAAGUAAGAUUUGAAAAGGAUGAAGAACCAAAAAAAGUGGUUCGUGGCGUUCCAACAUCUCACGUUUUGUCGUCGCUAUUCGAAGAAACUCUUCUGUUCCUUCUUGACUUUUAUGUUAAUCAGCAAUGCAACGGAAUGAAAAUCUAUCGACUUGAUAAUGAAUUUUGGUUUUGGAGCAACAUAACGACAAGUGUCAAUAAAGCGUGGAACAUGAUGACAAAGUAUGGGGAAGUGAUUGGAUUGAAAAUAAAUGAAAAUCGAAGCGGCUCGGUCACAGUAUAUUCCGAUGAUGUAUUGUCAAAAAUGGAAAAACCAAUUGAGUCCACUGUCAGUGGUCCUUCACCACUACCUCAGAAGAACAUUCACUGGGGCUACUUGCAACUAUACUCUAACGGAACAUUUGUCAUUGAUCAGAAGUCCAUCAAUAAGUUUCUGGAGGAGAUGCAGCGCUUAUUGGACGAAUCAGAAUGUGCCUUGGAGUGGAUUAACAUCUUUAACAAAUAUUUGGAAUUCUUCAUCCGUAACUUUGGUAAGUCGGCAUUAGUGUCAGGCAAACAACAUUUGGAUCAAAUCAUUGAUGCACUGCGAGUCAUAUAUGAGGGCCUAUUCGGUUCCAAAGACGGCAGUCCAGUUGAGAAACUCAAAGAACGAUUUGAACAACUAAAGGCGGCGAACAUUGUUGAUGUUUGGGCGUACUGGCCUUUGGAAAGAGGAGGUUUGGGCUUAGUCAAUCCUUUCAUCGGAAUUAUGUCACUGAGAGAAACCUAUGUGAACAUCAACGAUGAUGAUAACUUUUCAAAGCUACCGUUACAGGAUAAAGAUUUGUGGGAAUGGAUGAAAAAAGAGCACGAAAGGCAGUACAGCCGAGACUACAGCGGGCCUACUCGCAAGAUGCCCACAUGGACAGAAUACAUUGCGACUAGAGAAACUGAGCUGGAUCAUUGGUGUUCCAGGUAUCUUCGCCUAUUGGAACGUCCUGCUCCGAAGACGCCGACAGUGUCUGACAGAUUCUGGAAAUUGGAUGCUCCGAUUCCAGAAGAAGAAUACGAGAAGAAUUACAUGAUGUGGCUGUUUAGCUAUUACGAAACUCAGUUGAUUCUUCACUUCGGAAGUGUAAAAUUUAUUAAUUCGAAACUGCUUCCGAUGAGUAUGAUUGGAAAUAUUCAAAAAACAAAGUUACAUCAGUAAAUUUUGUGCUGACACGUUGACGGAACCUCUAAUUCAUUGUUACUUUUUAAUCAUCCAAUAAAUAUAUCGCAUUGAAUAUGUAAA